AUGGCCACCUCAAAUGGGAAAGGUGAAAAAGUGUCCAAAUUUGAGACAUUGAAACUCCUGGAGAAAUGCAGAAAGGAAAGAGACGAUGCCAUGCACAGGGAAAGUGUUCUCAGAGAGAAACUCAGACAGUACGAGUCAAGGAUGCGUUCAACCGAGGCUCUGAAACAGAAGCUGAAGAGCUUGACUAUGGACAACAAGGAGCUGAGAAAACAAGUGAAGGCUCUUCGUUCUGAGAUUGGACUUGAGUGCAGCCCGAAGUUCAGCGGAAAGACCACGAAGGACAUAAUCAAUGACUUGCAUGAAAAGGAGCGCGAGUGCAGUUCCCUGGUGGAGAAGGCUGGGAAACUGAGUCUGACCAUUGAUGAUCUGACAUCAGAGCUGGCAAAUACAGUCACGUCCAAAACACUUCUGGAGGAUCAAGUGCAGUCAUUGCAGCAAAAUCUGAAGGAUAUGACAAACAAUCAGCGACGUCUGCUGAAGUUGUGGGAAGACAAGAAGACCCAGAGGGAACAGCUCGCCCUCCCUGCAAUUGCCCAGAAACCUGGACAGAAACCAGUUGUCCAUAAAGCAGUUCAAACUGAGAUGUCCAUCAGUUUAUCCCAAAAGCUCCCAGUCAAUGCCUUUGAGACGAAGCCAUUCUCUCGGGAUCAUGAGAAAAAGACUGUUUUGGAUAAACACAGUUUUCCAGCUUAUGGAAAUGGCUAUCAUCAUGAAAAGAAAGGUUUCUUGCAUGAUGAAACCAAAGGAAUUCAGAACUGA